GUAUAGUCCCAUGACAGCUGGAGCCGGGCACAGGCUGCCCCUGCCUGUCAGCGCUUAUCACCGACCCAGCAAUACAGGACGUGGCAGACUAUGUAUGACGUCACGGGUAUGAUGUAGCCGGGUGCUGGCACGGGCUGUAAUGUGCCCGGCAGGAGGCGGCGCCGGGUGAGCGCUUCCGGGUUAGCGGGUUACUGUUGUUAUUAUUAUUAUACGGUGAAUGGGAACCCGAGCACCCGGCGCUGACAUGUUUACCCCCCAGUACGGCGGCUGUGCCUCCGAGUGACCGGUCUGGCGGAGUGUAUGGCGUCCAUGUCCCACCUGGCAGCCUGGCUCUCCCACUCCGCCGCCGCCCGCUCAUACGGGGUUUUCUCCAAAGGCCUGAGCCGCACUCUGCUGAUAUUCUUCAACCUGGCCUGGAGGCUGAGGAUCAAGUUCCCCUACCUGUAUGUCAUCGCCUCUAUGAUGCUGAACGUUAGGCUGCAGGUUCACAUAGAAAUCCACUAAUAUCUGGAUAGCUGCUGCAAAAGUCAGAACUGGAUUCUUUUUAUGCACUAACUAUGGAUGGACCGUGGUCUAGUACCUCGCGUAGCAAACAAGACUUAGAUCACGCUCGUUUACAAGAUGAAGAUACCUCGUUGCAAGAUGUGAAACAUGACGUUGUGGAAAUAUCUCUUUCAAUGUGCAAGUUCUAUGAGUUUCUUUCUACUAAACUACAUAAGGAAAUCUUAUUUGCCGCUCUCAGGAAAUGUCAUUUAUACAGAGUUUUCCAUAAGCCUGAUAAAUGCAGGAGUCAUUUCUUAAGGACAAAACCCAUUUUAUCCAGUUGUUUCCAAAAUAACGUUACUUGUAUCUCUAGUAAUAUUCUCAUGAAAUGAUUGAUAGUCUGGCAUGACUGCCACCAGAUACAUGUAUCAUACUGGAGAUAGUCCACUGUAUCUCAGUCAUAGUUGAAUUAGCUGCCCAAGUUUGAAAAGCUGAAGUGGUUAUUGUUCUUAAGUGGAGCAUCGGACACGUGGGGUGUUUGUUCAGAGAUCCCCACCGAAACAUUGAGUCACUGUGUGUUUUUCUGGACUGGCAUGGGAGAAUUUCCAGAAUGUCAACACAACUGCGUGCCAAUGUAAAGGGUUGUGUUUUUUUUGCUUUAUUUUUUUAAUUUAAAGUAUGGCCCAUGUACAAGGUUUAUUGCUGGCGAAUCUGUGGCAUGAUUUAGAGCAAGUAGCAGGAAACAGCAUGUACUAUUAAGGAUUGAUCAAGGAAACCAGUCCAUAAAGUUCUAAACUUUGACCCGCAUCCUUUUUGCAAGUACAACUCUAAUAUGGUCACUGAAAUGCUUUAGAUAGGUUUUAUUUUAUUUAUACUUUUAAAUUGUUUUUCUUCACCACUUGUUGAGGAUCAGUGAUCCUGAAUCCACCAUUUUAUGUAAUUUUAAGACUAGCAUGGGAAGUUCCAGUACAAGGAAACUGUUUGUUUGAGAUGUUAGUGUGACUCUUAGCACAGUUACUCAGGUGCUGGCAAAGAUGAGUAAUCCUCUCGCUCAAUCUUUUGGUAUAGAAAAGCCUGGUUACUACUGCAUCAUUUUAUGUGUUUGGGCUGUAUGGAAGCUGAUAAAUCAUCUCACUGCCACAGGAUGCUGUAUGACUGAAGACACAGAAUUUAAAGGUCUAAGGAAUGACAAUUUUUUUUUUUUUUUUAAAGGAAAACAUUUUAUAUUCCUACAUUGAUUUCUUUAAGUCAUUCAUGAUGUACGAUUGUCCUAAUGAAUAGAGGAUGUGCCUUUUUCUGUGUGUGGGAGGAGUUCACUUUACACACCAAUGUGCCUGACUUACCUCCCACUGUUCUGUGGACAGUUAUGGUUGUUGGUGGGUAAGUCACAGUAUCUGCUGCUAUAGGUUUUCGCCAGGCAAACACCGUUUUGGGAUCCAUUCAUGAAUAUAGAUGUCCGCCAGGGAAACACUGUUUAGGAAUCCAUCCAUUCAGGAAUGGCAAGUUUACACCAUUAAAUAAAUGAUCCAUUCUUAAAACAUCAGAA